CGGUCAUCAAGGAGCGGAGCAGCUCGGCCCUCCGUGCACUUACUCACCGAAAGUCCGCACAGAUCUUCAUAUUUACACUCUGCAGCAGUAACCCCGCUUCCAAUGGAGAUUUCACUUUUAUUCGUUUGGAUUUCAAAUAUUUCUGCGGAGUCUGGCUCUUGUUUGGACCUGUGAAGGGGGACCUGAUCUUUACACACUUAAGUGGGCGCUUUCUCCUCAUUUUGCUGAACUCCUGAAUGUGUUUGCGGAGCGCCGGGGGUUGACAAAAGGCUUUUAAACGGAGGGGGUAAAUGUAGCAGAGGGGUGCAGACACCACGCAGCGGGUGAGAGUGGGGUGUUUUCGUGGCAAAGCUGUGGCAUUGGAGUUGUGUGACAAAUUUUCCAAUGAGGAAGACUUAUUUUAAAACCUGCACCAGCAGCACAGAGGUCAGGGGUAUGGCUUCCCUCCGCCGCAGUUUAUAAGAAGGAAGAUCUGUGUGCACUGUAAGUGUCGUCGUGAGGAGCAUGCUGUGACAGCCAUGCCUGUAGAGAUGGAGAAGACGGUCACCAAGCUGAUGUAUGACUUCCAGAGGAACUCUACCUCAGACGAUGACUCGGGCUGUGCCCUGGAGGAGUACGCCUGGGUACCACCAGGUCUUAAACCGGAACAGGUUCAUCAGUACUACAGCUCUCUGCCCGAGGACAAGGUGCCCUAUGUGAACAGCCCAGGAGAGAAAUACCGCAUCAAACAGCUGCUCCAUCAGCUCCCACCCCAUGACAAUGAGGUACGCUACUGUAACAGCCUGGAUGAUGAGGAGAAGCGAGAACUGAAGCUCUUCAGCAAUCAACGGAAACGGGAGAACCUGGGCCGCGGCAACGUCCGGCCUUUCCCUGUGACGAUGACGGGGGCAAUCUGUGAACAGUGCGGAGGCCAGAUAAAUGGUGGCGACAUUGCUGUAUUUGCAUCGCGGGCAGGUCACGGCGUGUGUUGGCAUCCGGCCUGCUUCGUGUGCAGCAUGUGCAAUGAGCUCCUGGUGGACCUCAUCUACUUCUACCAGGAUGGGAAGAUCUACUGCGGGCGGCACCACGCUGAGAGGCUGAAGCCCCGCUGCACCGCCUGUGAUGAGAUCAUCCUUGCGGAUGAGUGCACUGAGGCAGAAGGGCGUCACUGGCACAUGAAGCACUUCUGCUGUUUUGAGUGUGAGACUGUGCUGGGGGGCCAGCGCUACAUCAUGAAGGAGGGACGGCCCUACUGCUGCUCUUGCUUUGAGUCCCUCUACGCUGAGUACUGCGACUCCUGCGGGGAACAUAUUGGGAUUGACCAAGGCCAGAUGACAUAUGAUGGGCAGCACUGGCACGCCACAGAGAGCUGCUUUUGCUGCGCCCGCUGUAAACGCUCUCUGCUGGGUCGGCCUUUCCUGCCCAAGCAGGGCCAAAUCUUCUGCUCACGUUCCUGCAGUCUGGGGGAGGAGCCUAAUGGCUCUGACUCCUCUGAUUCUGCCUUUCAAAGCGCUCGCUCCACCAGAGAGUCCAGGCGCAGCUCCAAGAUGGGGAAGAGUGGAGGAGGAGGGGGUGCAGUGCAGACUGAUAGAUUUUCAGGGGAGGUGGACCCACUGUCUUUACAAAUGGAUCUUCUGAGUCUCUCCAGCCAGACGCCCAGUUUGACUCGCGAGCCACCUACCUGGCAGGGCCAAGAGCAAGGAGGUGACGGUUAUAAUUAUGAAUCCCAAUCAGACCUAACCGCCAACCCCACCCCCCUCCAGCUCCUCAGUCAGUGCAAUGUCAGGACUGCCUAUAACCCCACCUGCUCUGGACAGAAUAAUCAACAGCAGGACCACAGGAUCAAGGACAAUGUAGGUUUAAAGAGACCGCCUAUUUCUGCCAUGAAGGGCCACUCACUCAAUGAGACGUGGUUCCAUCAGCCAGCAGCUCCAGAGGAGUACUAUCCACCCAAACUGAGGACCCAAAAGAGCUUCACCGAGGUGUCCCAUUGUUCUCAGCACCACAACGGCUUCUCCUCUGACAAACGCUCUAUCAGUUUGCAUGGCUUUCAGAGGGACAGGGACCGAGAUGCAGGGCCUCCAGCAGCAACCCAGGUGGCAAGAAGCAGGAACCCCAUUAGUGCACUUAACUUCACUGAGCAACUGACCCCUGUAGAGCAGACCCCAAGAGGAUCCAUGGAGUCACUGGCCCUGUCCAAUGCUACAGGCAACUCAGCAGAUGGAGGAGGAAAGCGUCAGGAGCACCUUUCUCGUUUCUCCAUGCCGGACCUGAGCAAAGACUCUGGAAUGAACGUCUCAGAGAAAAGUAACAUGGACACCCUCAACUCCUCAGUGCAAUUUCGUAGCUCUGAAUCCAUUCACAGCCUCACCGCCAGUCAACCCUACAUGGAAAUGGAGCCUCCCAGGUCCUCCCAGUUCCAGGUGCAGUACUGCAACCCCCCUGGCAUGAGUGUGGGUAUGGGUAUUAAGCAUUUACCUCCUGGCUUCACCUUCCAGGAGGAGGAUAGGGUGAGUUUGGUGAGCAGCGCCAACGCUGCCCGCCUGCCACCCAUUAGUGAGCGCAGGGUGGGUGGAGGAGGAGGAGGAGGUGGUGGAAGGGGAGCAAGUGUCCGGCUAGAUGCUCCAGAGGAGACGCCACAGAGGCGGCGGCACCACCACCACCACCGCUCUCGGAGAUCCCGUCGGUCUCGUUCAGAAAACGCUCUCCACCUGGUGGCAGAGCGGAGGACGAGACCUCAAGAAAGACCACAGCUGCGUGUCCGUGAGGAUUACGACCGUUUCCCACCGCCAAGGAGUGCCAGGGACCACUUUGGAGUGGGAGGAGGAGGGGGAAGAUACCAGCCUCAACUCUUCAGGCAGUGCCCCAGAACCACUUCAGACCUGACUCUUCAGAACCCAGAGGCCAGCCGACGCACUGGCUUGAACCAGUACUCCUGGGAUGAUUAUGAUGACGAUGACUGGUGCUCCACCUGCUCGUCAUCCUCUGAAUCGGAGGAUGAAGGUUACUUUCUGGGUGAGCCGAUCCCCAGACCCAUCCAGCUGCGCUACCUCAGCAACCAGGAGCUUGUCCAUAAGUACAACAACACAGGGAUGGGAGGGCCCAACCGCAGUGGGCAGUUACACACCCGCAAACGCAGAAAAAGCAAGAACUGCAUUAUUUCCUAACUUCUGGGGGUUUGGCACAGUAGAUUUCUCUUUUUCCAGCUUGUGUACAAUAUCAUCCUCCAUCUGGAACGAAAAAAAUAAAUAUAACAGUCCAUUUAUUCAGUAUUGUUGAGUUUUGAAUGUCAUGUAAUUGAAAGUCAGUGAUGAAUUACUGUCGGUAACCAGUGAAAAAGCAACAGUGUUUGCAUGUUUGUUCAUUUUAAUGUUUCUGAAUAUCUCCUGAGUGUUAAGGCUAAUGGUUACAUGCGCAGUUCUAUCAAGUCCAAACGUUUAUCAAACGCAGAUGUGCAAUUUUUUUUUUAAUCAUAACUUCAGUUCCAUGCAGCAAACAAGCUGUUUGGUACAGUUUAGCUUUUUCAUCCAAUGUGAUUUAGAUAUAGCAUAGACUGUACUAUUGUAUUCAGUUCAUAGUGUGUACAUAGAUAAAUGAAUUAAUAAUUUCACUUAAAUUAAGGAAGUCUGUGUAAAUAUGGUUGUAAAUCAGGCCUCACAUAUUUUUAUAUUUUGUAUGGAUAGAAUCAUUAUGUAUUAAAUAUCUAUAAUGUAGAGAUAGAAUAUGACAAAAACAACUUAUGCAUGUUUUAUUUGACUGACCUGGUCCUGCAUUUGGAAUAAAGCAGUAUUUCAGUGAG